CGACUGUCAGUACUCAGUAAUCGCUUUAUGGCAGUGCGUGGAGGUCAGCGUAAUGCGGCUAGGCGAACCCAGCAAGCAUUAAAUAAUGCUAGAUUCCUGACUUACUAAAACAAGACAGUACACAAACUUAUUGUGUUUAAGAUUUCUAGGAAUAUUGCUAUAGCUUUUCGAGAACGGUCAAGGUCCAACGGCUAGCUAACUCGACAACAGCGUCUGCACUUCACCAGCACCACCGGUCAGAAGGGUUCGCUGGGUGAGUCUCCAGAUCUUCCCAGAUAUGGACAACAACGCCGCUGGGUCGGGAGGGAAAGGCGGCUUCGGGAGUCUCUUUGGAGGAAGUGAAUACUCCAACACAGAGCUUUCUGGUGUCCCAUUGACUGGAAUGAGCCCCCUGUCGCCUUAUCUAAAUGUCGACCCCCGCUACCUCCUACAGGAGAAUGAUGAGUUUAUCCUACCAACCGGGGCUAGUAAAACCAGAGGGCGGUUUGAACUGGCUUUCUUCACUAUUGGGGGCUGCUGCAUCACAGGAGCUGCAUUUGGGACUCUGAAUGGUCUGAGGAUGGGGUUGAAGGAGACAAGAGAAAUGGGCUGGACUAAACCUCGCAAUGUCCAGAUUCUCAACAUGGUGACCAGACAAGGUGCAUCGUGGGCCAACACACUGGGCUCUGUUGCAUUGUUGUACAGUAUAUUUGGUGUGGCCAUAGAGAAGGCUAGAGGAGCAGAGGAUGACAUCAACACGGUUGCUGCUGGGACUCUAACAGGCAUGCUCUUCAAAUCCACUGGAGGACUGAAGGGUGUGGCGCGUGGUGGUCUUGUGGGAUUGGCCAUGUCUGGUGCUUAUGCCCUCUACAGCAACUGGAACCAUAUCAGAAGUGGCUCCUCUACCUCAAAUCUCUACUGAACACAUCCCUAUCGUUUAGGGUUAUUACAAAAUAGCACCGUACUUCCUUGGUGCCCUAGUUUUUUCUAGAGCCUUUGGGUAUAUUUGGUACCAAAACUCAAACCACUCCCACAUAUAAAAUUACUCCCCUCCCUAUUGUUUUUGUGAUUUGAAAGGGCUCUGGAGGUAUUGAAGGAAUGGUUAAGAUGUUAUUAAACCAUGGAUUACAUUACUUCCAUAUAACAGCCCUUUACACACAACUCCCCUGGCUGCCCAUCACCUUUUGAUUGUUGUAUCUGGCUGGCAUUCCUCUCCUUUAACCCCCUCAAGGUGGAAAAAAAAGUCACCUUGCAAUUUCCAGGGUGUUCAUUUGUGUUAUUUUAUUGGGAACUGUUUUUAUAAAUGUCUUUUGUUAUAUUAUUAAAAGCUACGUCUGGUAGCCUGGACGAGAAAUCAUUAUUUAAAGAUUGUACAGAGCAAUGGUUCUCGAACCUCUCCUGAGGACCACAGACCAUUCCAUUUACUAAAUGUAUUCCAAAGCUAAUGCCCCUGAAACAUCUGUAUUAAAUAUGUAAUGGAUGACUUGUUCAUUCAGGUGAGCUAGUUCAGGGCUACAACAAAAACGUGAGAGGUCUGUAGGACCGCCGGAGGGGUUUGACAGCCACUGGUAGAGUAUGGAUGUGUUAAGACUAUGUAAGUACAUGUAGACUGUGGACAUGUUAAGACUAAAUAAGUACAUGUAGAGAAUGUAUUAAAUAUACAUGCCUCUUCCCUUCAAGUUAUCACUCAUCUGACCUGACUGGAGAGAUGAAGAAAACAAUGCCGUUAAGGUCUGUUCACAUAUCCAGUCAUGUCUGAUCAGUAGACAGGAGGUAUAAAUAGAGAAUAACCAUUAUUGACCGGGUACUCAAGGUUGUGUGUUAGCCCCUUGAGCUAAAGAGUUUUGUUCAGCACAUAGAGGAAACAAAAGGUUAUGUCUUAGAAAAAAGUUAACCUCAACGUAUGGUUGAUUGAACCGCCUCUGCUACACCGGUUUCAGGCUAAAAAAAGCUCCUGGAAGCUCUUAUUCUAGUCCUUGAAUCUCGUGACGAUGGGGUUUGUAGUCCUUCAUAUACCGAACCAUUAUUGUCAUCUCACUGAGGAGACAUCCCAACACACCAUGCUAAGGCCUUACAAUCAGUGUUGUUGUAAUGUAUUUAUUUAUAGAGAGUGCUACUUUUCAGUUGUUGAGGUUGAUGCUGGACUCUGUAAAAGGUUACCUCCAAACAUUACAUGGGUAUUAUCUCUCUGUCAGCUUGCCUUUUAAACCCACUUUGACAACAAUACAAGAAACAUUUAAAAUGAUAAUACAUUGUCCUAGUUCUUAAUAAUGUUUGUCAGGGUAAAGGCUGCGGGUGGGGUUAGGGUUAAGAUGCUAGUGGGCAUAUUCCUCUGCCAGGCAUUGCUGACAUCUUCCAUAUUAUUGCAAUCUGUUGAUAAGUUGUUCGAUGCAUGUAACUUCUGAACAGAUGAAUGUGAGCUCUAACUGGGUUUGAACCAUGGAGAUGUCUAGAGAACCUGUUUUGUAUAUUCAUGAAUGUGGACAAUUAGGAGAACUCAAAGGAGUUUACAUUUGAAGUGCAGUAAUUUAAAACUGAAACAUUUGAAUAUGUAAAAACAGGAAAAAUCCAAGGUGCUGUGUAACUCUGUUCCCCUAUGGCCACGAUGCCUCUGCAGUCUUACCAACAGGGACAACUCUUCUUUUAAAGUUUAUUUGUAAUACUGCAGAGAUGAUGUAUAACCUCUAGUAGUACAAACCAGCGGAAAAAAAAGAGAACUCCUUACUGCUAUAGGAGUGUGUGUGUGUGUGUGUGUGUGUGUGUGUGUGUGCCCGCAGACAGAAUAUAUUGGUAUAUAUUAAUUUUGUAGCCGAUAAGCUCUCUGGUCCUAGUCGUAUUUGCCAAACAACAUUUAUUAUGUAUUACUGUGUACUAAGGAAUAAAUGGUGAAGAUGUUUUCAUUUCAUUUUCAGACAAUCACUUCAGUUUGACCACUUUCAAAAUAAUUCCAGCGUCCAAUCAAUGCGCUUUGCUCCCUCUAUAUAAUGAUUGUAAAGACAUGUUAGGCCUAAAAAAAAAACUAAAAUUGUUAGGACAUUCUAUGAUGUCAUUAGGACAACCACACGUUUAGCCUGAAUUCAUUUGCCCAUUUCUUGCACUGUGCCUGUCUUCAAUUUGCUGGUAAUUUUGAAUAAUGGUGAUGUUUCCAGGUUCCUUGGCAUUUAGUCAGAAUUAUCAAGAUUUCUCUUUUUUCUUUACAGGUAUGUUGUGUCUGACCAUACCUGUUUACCUUCACCCCUUUGUUAAAACCUAACAACCUUCAACAGUAAGAAAUGUCUAUUAGAUCAAAUAAACCUCAAUGUUGUAA